GGCUGUUUUGCUCACGGUUAUUACAGCAGGAGGUGGGAUUCGAACCUGCAACCAGUCAGUACAUCUAACCAUUACGGUACCCGCUUAUUGUUUGGUUUUAUGUGAGCGGCAGGUAGCUGUAGUGGUCGCCGGCAGCGCCUUACCCCCAACGAACACGGGUUCGAAUCCCACCUCUUGUUGUCAAACCCCAAAGUAUUUGCUGUAAAGCGCGCGCGCGCACUGCCUCGAUUCAGUAAAAAGCGCACAGCUGUGUAAACGGGCACAUGAUGAUUGCGAGUCAGCGACUGGGUACAUGAACGAGCGCGGUCAGCAGGGUUUAAGCCUUAAGGGGCAGGCGGCGGGGACGAGCACGAGCACGAGCACGUGGGCCGGGCUGCGACUGCCCAAAGGAAACACCGCGACCAAUGAGCGGCACCAUCGCAACCCGUACGGAAGGACAUGGUGGUCCGGACCCACUCCGGGCUUCUUGGCUCGGGGAGCAAUUCCUCCUUUUCGCAGUGAGGAAGCGACUCUGAAGAAGUUCAGCUUUCUGUCGCCUUUCUUCCUUCUUCUCGGCGAAUGAAUGAGCAGCGCGCGGCACGAUGAUGUGCAGCCCCGGACCGAGUGGACCGAGUGGACCGGGUGUCCCGGGUGGGUUCACCUCCAGGCUCGUGCUGGACUCCUUUCUCGUCCACGGAGGCGCACCGCGGAACGCGCCAGGGCUCGGCUUUAAUGCCGCUGCGCUCGGAUGUGCGGGACCCGAGCUGCGCUGCUGUGGCGGGGGGGUCGAUGUGAGGAUCGCCCUCAAUUCUGCCCUCGUCGUGGGCGCGAGCGCAAACGGCUGGCGCGCGCACUGCGGUUCCGGGGCGCAGCCAACGCAUCAGCGGCCGCUCUCCGCGCAUCGCGGCCACCUCACAUUCGGCAUCGACCGAAUACUGUCUGCCGAGUUCGAGCCGAAACCAGCGGUUUCUUCGCCUCCAAGAGAUCUCACAUCCACUCUGAGUUCAGAACAUUUGUCAGGAGUUCAUGGUUCCCUGGAGAAGGCGGCAGGCCAGUACUUCUCUUCGGUGGACCUCUGCACCCACCAUCCAACUUCCAUGAUGAGUCCUGCAGUGGAGCAUCACUUCCAAGACACCUUUGCAGGUCCGUUUGCAGUCCUUACGAAGGACCGAGCAGCGGUACCGCAGACAAACAAGAGGAAACGGUCCUGGUCCAGAGCGGUCUUCUCCAAUCUCCAGAGGAAGGGACUGGAGAAACGAUUUGAGAUCCAGAAAUAUGUAACCAAACCAGAUCGAAAACAGCUUGCGGCAGUGCUGGGCCUCACUGAUGCUCAGGUUAAAGUGUGGUUUCAAAACAGGAGAAUGAAAUGGAGACAUUCGAAGGAAGCCCAGGUGGAGGAAAAGAAGGGGCACCCAGACAAACGCCUGUCGUCCAGAUCCCUAGAAACGGAGAAGAAGCGGGACUCUGACGGCGAAAGGACUGAGUCUGAAUUGGAGGACAGGAGGCCCAAGGAUGACGAAGAUGUUUCGGACCAGAGUAUCAAACUCGGUUCCGCCCGUCUCGGUACAGAUGAGCUGGUUUCAAAUAAUCAGGAAAAACCAUCAAUUCUUGAUAUGAAUCCAUAAAAUGAUCUGUACCCGUAGCUAAUACAUUUCCGUCGUCAUGACAUGAAGGUUCUUCAGACUUCUGGAAACAUUGUUGUAGAAAGAGCUGAGCUUGCACACAUUCCCUUUUAACAACCAAUAAUUUAAUGUAUUUGUGACUAAGUUCCCACUCUCUUUAUUUCAUCUGCUUUUUAUGGACAAGCUUUUUCUAGUAUGUUUAUGCAUCGUUUAGUGUUUUAUAUAUACAGGCAUCGUCUUUAUCUGAAAUCUGAGCAUAAUUUUAUAAUUUUCGCUUUACGGGACAAAAAGUAAAUAUGGCGAAAUAUGUUACAUUUUGCUGAAAUCACGGUCUUAUUGUUGUAUAGGUGUUUUGCAGUGUUCUAAUGAUAUCUGGGGAAAUUUGGAUUUUUUUGAUGGGCUUGGAAUACAUUAUUAUUUUCCCCCCAAUGAUUCAUACAGUAUAACC